AGUCACAAUGGCACAGCCGUUAGUGAGUUCCUGCUGCCGGUGCUACUCGCUCCGGAGUGGAUCCAUUGCGACCGGCAUCCUCGGCAUUCUACUCUCGAUCAUCUCCAUCAUACUGAUCUUCACCGUUCGGAUCGACUUUAAAACCAUCCUGAUGGACUGGUUGCCGCAAAAUGUGGUGAAAAUCAUCUAUGCCCUCAACCUGGUUAUGACAAUCUUGAUCUCGCUGCUGAUGAUUAUGGGUGUGAUGAAGAAAAAUCACUUCUUCAUGAUGCCAUGGGUUGUGCUCGGAUUGAUGCUUGCGAUUGGAUUGUUGAUCAGUGUGAUUUACAACGCGGUUGUUUACUUCAUCGAUGGUUACGUGCUGGGAGGAACACUUUGGAUAGUAGUUGGACUGAUCUCUGUUGUUAUAUACGUAUACCUCUGGAUCGUAGUCUACAGUUACUUUGUAUCUCUGAAGAAUGAAAACGAUCGGGGACGAUACUCGAAGCAGCCAUAUCGUCGAUAGAUCGAUACUUCUUCGC